UCCAAGUGACCGCACACGCGCCCACUCUCCCCACCACUCCCAGCCUCCCAGCUCCGCUGCUCUCAUGGCCGCGCCUACCUCCCCCGCGAGCCCCGCCGCGGGACCGAAGGUGCCCCUCCCGACCAUGGCGGACAUCAUGGCGGCGUCGCGCGCACAGGGCCUUCACGUGCGCCUGCGCACGGUCGGCCCCUUGUUCCGCGUCACAGCCACCCGCGGUGAGGGGGAGGAUGCGGUGGAGCUUGGCCGCGCCGAGGGCGGCGUCCGGCCGUGGCCCGGCGGCGCCGUGCUGCACCUCGACUCCAUGCGGAUGACGCGCGCCACGCUGAGCGUCUCCGACCGGCCGCUGUUCGGGCUGGGGAUGUUCCUUGGCGCCGUCGCCGUGCGACACGGCUUCGACGCUGGGUGCAAGCGCGCCGAGCUGCUGGCCAUUAAGGACACGCCCCUCUACCACGACAAGCUCGUUAGAUUCUAUACAAGGAUGGGCUUCAAAGUGGUUCAUGAGGUGGAUGGAUCAUCAAUCACUGAUCUUGCUCACAUGUUGGUGUGGGGUGGUAGGGGCACAAGAAUGAAUGCUAAUAUCGAAGAUCUUCUCAUUAAGUGGGGAAAAAGAUUCAGACCUCAAGACUAAAGACUGAUUAGUUUUGUUGAGACAUGUUUUUUUUUGCAGCACAAAUCUUGAUUGAAUACAAUGAGCCUAAGAUGAUGCUAUUUUUCAGUGGUAGGACUCCAUACGGAUUUGUAUCAUAUGCCAAAACCAAAAACUACUACUAUUUGAAGCAGCAAAUCUAUUAUGCUGGUGAUCUCAGUCCCCCAGUAACUUGUACCAUGAAGCUUGUUGAAGGCUCUGAAAUCACUUGGAAGAGCAGCUUCUGUGGUGAGAAUAGAAUGGAAGCAUCCAAAGGUCCUAUGAAAGUUUAAAUUAAGGAGUGUGUGUGAGCACUGACGCAUGAUUCAUCCUGAAACUCGCUAUAAGAGAGAAGCACCAUUAUUCUGUGUUGUAAAGUUUAAGGUGGACGCGAGGAUGGUCUUUCGAUACAGUUGAGAUAAUCUCUGGCCUCUUAACCAACAGUGGGCACAAGAGAUAAAGUUUGAUUCCCACGAUACCUUUUAUGUUGGAUUAUGGGCUCUGACCUUCAUCAUAAUAUUGCUCCUGUUAAAUAACGAUCUUAUUUUGUUACCCUCA